AUAUAAAAUCACAAUUACAAGUGCUUUGUUGAUUUUUUUUUUUAAUAAUAAAUAUGGUGGGAUUUAUCAGAAUAUAUGACAAAAUUUUAUAACGAAAUAAUUCACAUUCAGUUUAGUAAUAUCAGUUGAGUAGUUGAAAUAAUUUUUUUUUUUUAUUUAAAAAAAAAAUGGUAGUAAAAAAAGAGUCAUCAGUAGUUGUAAAUAAAUCAGGGGUACAGUAUGAAAAUGGUAUUUGGAAAGGCGUUAAAAUUGAAAUUCCAAAAAAUAAUUAUAAAGUUAAUGAAUCAUUAUUUAAACAAAUGAAACAUUAUUCAAAAAAUAUUGCACAAAUUGAUGGAAUAACAGGAUAUGAAGAUUCAUAUGCAAAUUUAACAGAUAGAAGUAUCAAAUGUGCAUUGUGGAUGAGAAAACAAGGUGUUCAACCAGGCGAUGUAAUUGGUAUAUGUACACAUAAUCAAUUAGACACAGCAAUACCAUUGAUUGCCUCUUUAUUCAUUGGUGCUGUAUCAAAUCCAUGGUGGGAAACAUGCUUAGACGAAGAUGUUAUAAAGUAUUUCAUUGAAUUAACAGAACCAAAAUUAAUAUUUAUCAAUGAACAAUCAUCAUCAAUAGUUCAAAAUGUUAUUAAUAAAUUAAAUAGAAAUAUAAAAAUAAUUGCAUUAGGAAAUGUUGAUGGUGUUGAAUCAUUAACAGAUAUAUUAAAUACUCAAAAUAAUAAUGAUGAAAUUGAUCAUUUUAAAUGUACAAGCAUUGAUAAAUCAACUCAUCCAGCUCUUCUAAUUUAUACAUCAGGUUCAACUGGAAGACCUAAAAGUGUACUACUAAGUUGUGAUACACUUGAUCAAAAUAUAAAUAAAAAUGAUGAUCAAAUAUCUGAUUGUUCAACUGGAAUUUGGUUUUCAAGUUUAUGCUGGGUAUCAGCAAUAACAUGUUUAUUAACAUCAAUUUCAAUUGGCUCAAAAUAUGUUGUUUAUCCAAAUCCAAGUGAAUUAACAAUUUGUCAAUUAAUUGAAAAAUAUCAGAUUAAUUGGGCAAUGAUUGGAACUGGUGUUGCUAAUCGAUUAUACAAAACAAAACAAGUUUUAGACUUUGAUUUUUCAUCGAUAAAACGUAUUUAUUUAGCUGGUGCUAUUGCUAAACGUGAAAUUGAAGAAUUUUUAGUUGAGAUAUGUCCAAAUGCAUUGGUGAUACAUUGUUAUGGCUGCACAGAGGCUGGUUCAAUGGUAACUGUAACACCAGUAUCAUCAAAACCAUGUUCAUGUGGUAAAGUUUUACCAAACAUACAAAUGAAAGUAAUAAAUCCAGAAAAUGGUGAUACAUUGGGAAUAAAUGAAGAGGGUGAAAUUUGUAUUAAGACAUCAAAAAUGAUGCUUGGUUAUUAUAAAAAUCCAAAAGCAACAGAUGAAGUCAUUGAUGCUGAUGGAUGGUAUCAUACUGAUGAUUUGGGAUACUUUGAUGAAGAUGGUGAUUUGUUUAUUAUUGAUAGAAUAAAAGAUUUAAUUAAAUGCAGAUUAGAUGAUAUUGCACCUGGACCAAUUGAACAGUGUAUUCUUAAACAUCCAAAUGUUGCUGAAGUUGCUGUUGUCUCAAAACCAUAUGGUAUUGAUAGAGAACAACCAAUGGCAUUUAUUACAAUGCUUCCUGGUACAAAAGUCACUGAAGCUGAAAUUAUUAAAUUGGUUGAUGAUAAAUUACCACUUAAUAUGCGUCUUAGUGGUGGUGUUAAAAUACUGGAUAAAAUGCUUUACACACCAUCCGGAAAAAUUGCUAAAAAAAAUUUAAGAAAUCUUGCACGUGUACUUGCACAAGAAAAUUAAUUAUUAUUGUUGAUAAAUAUUUAAAUAAAAAAAAAAUUAUAUUAUUUGAUAAAAUAAAAUUUAAAACAUUUAAAAAAAUAAUUAUUAUAAAUAAAUAGAUUUAGAAGAAAAAAAAUAUUUAAUUAUUGGUUAAAAUAAAACAACUAAAAAAAUAUCA